UCAAAAAAGAAAAACUCUUCUCUUGCCGCAAUGGCACUGCCACUCUAUGAUCUGAACUCACCACCCUCCCCCUUUCCCCUUGUGGAUCAAAAUGAACAACAACAUCUUCAGCUUUUUCUUUCACUGCCCCUGCCCCAACAUACUGCUUCUCCUUCAUCUGCUGAUCUCAAGGCAAGAACAUGCUGCUCAUCGUCUUCACUUCAAUCAGCUGCGGUGGAUGGAGACUAUGGAAGUACAACUGAUAAUAAUGGAUCAUCACUGAAAUGGACGUCUUCCAAGAUGAUGAAACCAAUUGUUUCAGUAACACUAAUAACGCCAUUAGAGUCUGCUCCGACUGCAACACAACCACGACACCUCUUUGGAGAAGUGGCCCUCGAGGUCCCAAGUCGCUUUGCAAUGCUUGUGGGAUUCGGCAAAGGAAGGCGAGACGAGCCCUGGAAGCAGCGGCAAAUGGAGCGGCUGUGGUGACAGAUGCAGCAUCUUUGAAGAUUAAGGUACACAGCAAUAAGGAAAUGAAGAAACAACGUACGGUAUACAAGAAGCAGUUGAAGAAUAAAUCUGGGAAGAGGCAAAAGAAGCUUUGCGUGAAGGAAUUUGGUUUAAGUUUGAACAACAACUCAGGUUUGCGGCGUGUGUUUCCUCAGGAUGUGGAAGAUGCUGCAAUCCUCCUAAUGGAACUGUCGUGUGGCCUUUCUCACAGUUGACUUUUAUUUUACUACCCAAUAAAUUUUGUAGCUUGUAUCACAG